UCUUUUUUGCGUGGGUUGCUUGGAUGCAAUCGACGGGGGUCGUUGCGCAAUAUAAACCUUUAAUUUGUCGAAUUGAUGAUCCGUCGAAAGUUCGAGAUUGUAGUGUGCUGAAGGAGUGUGUGUAUCGCGUCUACCCGGUGGAAGCAUUGAAAGAUGUGGGAGCUCAAGGCUGGAUCAGCAACUGCGACGGUUUAAACAAUUUGCUUUCCGUCUAUGGUGGUGAGACUGGUUGUAAGUAUUUUGGAAAAUUAAUCGGCACCGGUGAAGGUCGGACCGCAUUUGUCUCUAUUAUUCAGCAGCAGUUGAAGAAGAGCACAUUCCGCGGAGUGGAUCUGCGGUGUGAUCCAAUAAAGCACGGCUAUGAUCAGGUUGCUUAUAAUGGAGUUUUGCGAUUGCUUCGAAAGGAAAUAGGUUAUGGCUAUUUGGUGAUUGUUAAAAUUGAUAACACCGCUCUUGAUCCGGUGAUUAUUGAUACUCUUAACACUGAGGUCGAUCUUAUCAGUAUAUCUCCACAAACGAACCAUCUCGUGCCAGAUUCUUUUGUGAAAUAUUUGAUUGCGAAAGGAUGUAAUCCUAAGAAAAUAAUUCUUGAAGUUCCUCUUGCUCCAGUGGUGACUUGCCCAUUGACUGAUAGUCAGCUUUUGAGCGUCACGGAUAGUGUGGAGAACCUCGAUCUAUUCGGAGCGAUCAUCCAAUUAGAUCGAGAUGACGUGGACAAUCAAUGUGGUAAUGGAACAUUUCCACUACUGAAGAAGCUAUCUAUUCUGCUAACCGGCGGUGAUCGCUGUGAUUUCGAUGGAUUCAAGCCGGACCCAAGAGAUCGGUCUCGAUUUUACAGUUGCUCUGACGGAGAGCUUAACCUACAUCAAUGCCCAGAUGGUCAGCUCUUCGAUCGAAUGAACAGCACCUGUAUUCCUUUCAUCCGCAUGAACUGCAAUGGAACGUCGUGUUCCCUGUUAGGGCCAGUCACCAUCACAAAUCAAACGAAUUUCUUCCCGAUAGCUGUUCCGAUGCCACAAACAUGCCCAAAAACCCGAGCCGAAAGUGUCAACAACACGAUCAUUAUUGUAAACCAACAAAUGUCAGAAUUGUUGAGGCUGCUGAAUUUGACCGGUCUGGAUCAGACCAUCGGAGUAGUUAACAAUGCCCUAGGGGGUGCCUAUCCAUCUGUGCAAAAAAUCGUGGACACUGUAAAUGGCCUGCUUGGUUCGCUGUUGACAAGCGGGUAACGCCGUGAUGCUCGCAGAAGUUGAUCAGUGAAUGUUUGUUAUUAUGACUGUUAGUAUGACAGGUGUUAUCAUUUCAUAUCCUUCGAUGUAGAUUGAAAGUUUUACUACAUCAUCGUUGCUAUCCCCAAUAAAAC